AUGCGGCGGUGGAGCUUUGCAGCGGUGCCGGAUCCCUUCCAGGGUAUUAAGCAGAUCGGUGUUUUCGGUUGGGGUUCUCAGGGACCUGCUCAAGCUCAGAACUUGAGAGAUUCUCUAGCUGAAGCAAAGUCUGAUAUUGUGGUCAAGAUUGGGCUAGGAAGGGGUCCCGUUCUUUUGAUGAAGCUCGCGCAGCUGGCAGAUAAUUAUGAGAAAAUAUUCUCACACAUGAAACCAAACAGCAUACUAGGUCUUUCCCACGGUUUCCUUCUGGGGCAUUUGCAGUCAGUAGGACUUGACUUUCCUAAGAAUAUCAGUGUAAUUACUGUUUGCCCGAAGGGAAUGGGCCCAUCAGUAAGGAGACUUUAUGUUCAAGGCAAAGAGAUAAAUGUGGAGGUUAGACCAGGCAAGUCAAGCCUUCUAGCUGCAAUUCUUGGAGAAAUUCCAACUGUGCAGCGGUAUGUUGAAAGAGAAGAUGGCAAGCUUGCACAAACACGCAAGGAAUGGAAAAACAAAAAAACCCAGAAAGGAGCAGAGCAAUGCUCUGAUACCAAUUAG